CGUUGGAAGAUAAUAGAACAGAAACUUUGUUUUUUUUUUUUAUCUCUAUUGUGUGAAACCCUAGCAGCAAUUUCAUAGCGCUUCCGUGUUUUUUCCGUUUCCCGUUUCCCCGAUGAACCCAUCGGCGUUCCUCGACGUUGGACACGGCCGUUUCUCAAACGGAUUGUGAAACGGGGCCGGAGUUUCGAGUCAACCGCCGCACGGCCUUCUCCUUCGAUCCCUUCUUCCCUUACCGCCGCCGAGGCCGGAGCUGAUUGAUUAGGAAAGGAUUAUGCAAUGUGCUGCGCCACAACUUUCAGUAUGGCAAUUAUUUGGCAGAGGAUGUCUCGGGCAUCUGCUUUUGUGGAUGAACAUGUUGGGGCCAGUGAUACUGGGGCGGAUUUUCCAGCUAUUGAUGAAGGUCAUUUUGUCUUUGAGGAUAAAAAUUUAAUUUAUAGUGAGAGUGAUCAAAUGCAACAUGACUUUGAGGCACAGGUUGGAGAAGAAUCUCCUUCUGACUAUGGAGCCACUGUGUUAUGGAAACACGUUGUUAAGGGGAAAAAAUGCGGUAAUGCUCAUGGGGGUUCUCAUGUUUUUAAAUGCAAGUAUUGUGAGAAGAUAUAUCAUGGGACAUAUACGCGUGUAUAUGCGCAUUUGAUGGGUCAUAAGAAAGGAGAAAGUAAAGGAAUUGGUUAUUGUGCUGUUGUGAAGGGAGACAAAAACUUGCAAAUGCUUUUACAAAGAGAGGUUGAGCAAGCUGAGAGCUCUCCAAGUAGCGCUCCAUUGAAGAAAUCAAAACUCACUGCAAGUUUUGGCAUGACUUCCAAUGGCCCCUCUUUAGCAUUGUCCUAUGUAGGUCCCUCGGAGAAAGAUUAUCAAAUGCAUGACGGGAAUGAUGUUGAUUCUAAAGUCAUGCGCUGUUUAUGCGCCAAUGGCAUCCCUUUCAGUGUGUUGAGAUCACCUUACUGGGAUGAAAUGAUUACAGCAAUCAAUCGAACUCCAGGAUACAAAAGCCCUUCUUGUGAAAGAGCACAAACUGUCUUGUUGGAGAAUGAAAGGCACAGAGUUGAAAGAGAGUUUGACGAUUUUAAACAGAAGUGGACGCAAUAUGGUAUUUCGAUCAUCUCAAAUGCCCAAGCUGAUGUCAAAAACCAAUCUCUAAUUAACAUACUAGCUUCAAAUCAAUUUGGUUCGUUAUUCUUGCAUGCCUUUGAGUAUAUGGUUCUUGAUAAAUCUCCAAGGAGCAUUUCAGAUUAUAUGUUGAAAGUGCUUGAAAUGGUAGGGCCACACAAUGUUGUUCAGUUGAUCACAGAAAACACAGCUAACUUUAGAGCUGUCAGUGAUGAAGUGAUGAAGACAUAUUCUCACAUAUUCUGGACACCUUGUAUGGUUAACAUUUUGCAUUUGAUAUUGAAAGAUUUGAUCCAUUCUAGUGACAAUAAUUCACUAUCUUGGCUGGAGAGGACUUGUUCCACUGCCAAGGGUUUAGUGAAAUAUAUUGUUGACCAUCCCCAAGCUGCAGAGAUCUUUCAAACCUACCCAAAAUUGGAAUUGCUUAAAGUUGCUACAACCAGUUGGGCACAUUAUAUCACUCUUCGCCUUUUACUUGAUGUGAAAGAUGCUAUACGGGCUGCUGUGUUAUCUGAUCAAUGGAUCGUUUGGACGAGCACCUCUCCUUUGGAUGCAAAACAAAAACUCACAGAUCAAACUGUAAAGGCGGCAAUUAUGUCUGACAGCUUUUGGCAGGCUCUCCAGUUAGCAUUGUGUAUUAUAAAACCGGUAUAUAAGAUGGUUAAAUUCACUGAUCAAGAUGGCCCUUUAAUUGGGGAAGUAUGUGAGAGGAUGGAUAACAUGCUGGGGGAAAUCAAAGAUAGUUUGCAAGGUCAGGAGGAAGUCUUUGCGGCUGUGCAAACUGUUGUCGGAGAAAAGUGGAAUAAAAUGAACAUGCCUUUACAAUGUCUAGCUCAUGCCCUCAACCCAAAGUACUAUGACGAGGAAUACCUUCAACUCCCUGGUCCUGGUGGUACUGAGAGACGCAAACCAGAUUUAGAUGAUCAUAUUUUUGACAGAGCCCAAUUAGCAAUACAAAAAAUGUAUCCAAAUCCUGAAAUUCAAGAUACAGUCCGUGUUCAAUUCAUGUCCUUUAUGGAGAAGAAGGGAAGAUUUUCCUCUCCAACAGCCAAAAGAGAUGCUAAAAACCCUAAAAUCAACGUUUUGCAGUGGUGGAAAUUUCAUGGUGGUGAUACAAAGGAACUGAGAGAUUUAGCAUUCAGAGUACUUGCACAACCAAUUAGCACUUGCUCUGUUGAGAGACCAUGGACCAAUUAUAACUUCAUCUGUAAUGCGAAACAAAAUGGACUGAAUGCAAACCAUGCUGAUGAUCUUGCUUAUGUUCAUUCAAACUUAAGAUUAUUGUCCAGGUACAAUUCAGAUUAUAAGCACGGGCCACACCGUAGAUGGGAUGUAAAUGCGGAACUUCCUGUUCUUGAAGAGUCUGCUUUGAAGUUGGAGGACAUAUGUUUCAUAGGUAUUGAUGAUGAAAGCUCAACCUCGAAAGAAGCUUUUCUAUCGCUUAAUCCCAUUCAAGAACUCUUGAGGAUUAUUGAAGAUGUUCCUCCAGUUAGCAACCAGCCUGUUGAGCAUAGUCAUGCUGCUGGUGCUAUGCAUUCUAGAGGUAGAGGUAGAGGUAGAGGUCGAGGUGGUGGCGGUUCCAAUAGUAAUAGAACAACAGAUCAGAAGGGGAAGACAAAGAAAUUUCUGUGAUACCACCAGUGUUGUUGUUUAAUGUAAAGAUAAAUCAAAAGUAAUUGUUCUUUGUGCACUUAGGCCAAAAGAUAUGUGUAAUUAAGCUUGAUAUCUCAAGCUUUUCAGAACUAUUUAAGAUCAUUAGAUCAAGAUGUAUUGCUCGUCCUACAAUGCUCAAUGAGCAAGACACACGGUGUAAUUUACAAAACCAAUUUGGCAGGAAUAAUAAUAGAUUCUUUCA